CCAGACGUGUUUUUGAUCUACAAUCUCAGAAGUGGGAUUAACUGUGCCUAAACAAGAGUAAUUUUUUUUACUUACUCGCAUAUUCCUGACAAACAAUUUAAAAGAUCAAAAACGACAUUAUGGACAAAAUUAUUGAAAAUUUGAGUUUAGCCGAGAUAAAAACAUUAUGCCAAAAAUUAGACGUGCCAAGUUCGGGCAACAAAGCUACUCUGAAAUCAAGAUUAUUAGAAAAAAGUUCAAGUGAAUUACAAAAAUCGUUAAGCCAACUAAAAAAUAACACUUCAAAAAAACUUGAAAAUAAACAAAAUGCCAAUAUUAUUACAAAAACUCCACAAGAAAAAAAUAAUGAUAAAAUUAAAAAGCUACAAAUUUGUGAAAUUCAGACGCUACAAAACUACAACGACGCCGAAAAUGCAGCCGAAGUUCUAGAAGCUGGCGCCAUCGCCGAAGGAGACGACGAAGACAAUACAGUUAUGGUUGAGCAGAAAAGCGAAAUAGAAAAAAUGCGUGAAGAAGAAAACGAACUAAACAUACUGAAAGCAGAAAACGAAAACCUAAAGAAACAGUUGGAAAUGAUGAAAUUAAAUUCUGUUGACAAAAACGACGCAGCCAGUGAUGCGCAAAAUGACGAGAAUAGAGAUGGACAAAAUUCAUUUCUGAUUAUAAAAGAUUUUGUAUCUGUUUACGAUGGUUUAACGAAUGCGAAUUUAUGGAUCACACAAUUAGAAAAUAUUAAGAAAACUUACCGUCUUAACGAUAUUAUGAUGCGUGGAAUAUUAAAUAGUAAACUUACUGGUGAAGCACACCGCUGGUUACAUGCGCGACCGAAUUGGAUUUGCGAAAAUAUAGACGACUUAUGGCAACAAUUUAAGAUAACUUUUGAGUUUAAAGAAAAUAAAUUACGCAUCCGGAAAAAUUUUGAACAACGAAAGUGGCAACCUGGAGAACCUUUUGGUUUAUAUUUUAACGAAAAAUUAGUUUUGGCCAAUAAAUUAACGAUUGAUGAAGAUGAACUUAUUGAAUAUAUAAUUGAUGGUAUACCUAAUCGUCAAAUAAAAAAUCAAGUGAUUAUGCAAAAAAUAGAUGACAAAGAGAAUUUACUUCGAACAUUAGCUGAUGUGGAGCUCAAGAUGCCGGCAAGUCGAAAUUUAGAGGCUGCCCCGAACAACGCUAUGAAAGAAAAAAGAGAUGACUACAAAAAGGGAGAACGCUGUUACAACUGCAACAGUGUAGGUCAUUAUGCGGCUGACUGCAACAAACCGAAACGUAAGCCUGGAUCGUGUUAUGCCUGUGGAAGCGAGUCCCAUACUAUUAAUGAUUGCCCGAUGAAUAAGAAGAAGAAGACCCCAACGCAAAAUGAUUAUAAUGUUUGAUUGAUUCCGGCAGCCCCAUUAGUUUUAUGCAGCAACGAAUGCUACCUAAAGGAGUUGAUUUAAUAAGUAAUG